AUGCUGCGCGUUCAUGACAAUGCGCUGCUUCGCUCGGUGUCGACGCUGCCCGUGGUCAUGGUGGCGGCGAUCGUGACGCUCGAGUACUACGUGUUUGUGAGCGAGCACUGGCUUCCCGCGUUCCAGCGAGCGGUGGGCUUCUACAUUCUGCUGCGGAUACUAGAGGUCGCUCUGUUCCACUUCGUGGUAGGGUGCAUGCUGGUCGCGUACUACAAGGUGGUCUUCACAGACCCCGGGUAUGUGACGCCUGCUGUGGUGCAACGCAUCAAGGACGCGAUGCAAGAGGCCCUGGAAGAGGGUGGCAGCAAGAGCCCGCCCACGAUGAAUUCGUGCCGGCGGUGCAAUCAAAUCAAACCCUUUCGAGCUCACCACUGCAGCUUCUGUAAUCGCUGCGUGCUGAAGAUGGAUCACCACUGCCCGUGGGUCGCCAACUGCGUCGGCGAGGGCAAUUACAAAUUCUUCUUCCAGUUUGUCGUGUACGCGUUCCUGGCGCUGUCGAUGUGCGUACGGGCUCUUGCUGGGCCGUUCCAAGCCGCACUUUUCAGUGACGACGCGCCCCGUGGUGCUGAGAGUUUUUCUGCGAUGGCUGUUGUUGGGUUUGUGCUCGGCGGAGCGUUGGCUAUCAGUCUGCUAGGCUUCAUCGCUGUUCACUCGUAUCUCUUGGCGCACGGCGCAACUACCAUCGAAUGCCACGCGUACGGCCGUGCGUUCCCAUUCAACCAGGGAUGGAAGAAGAACUGCAGGGUGGUGUUUGGUGAGACUACCAAGGACUGGCUGCUACCUACAACGAUAAACCAUCAGAAACGCUACGUGCUGCAUCCAGCGGAACUGGAGCACCUCACUGCAGAUAACUGCUUCGGAGACUCCAGCGACCAAGAAGACGACAGUUUGCUAUAG